AUGAGUGAGACGAAGGCGUUUAAGUUGAAUUUGUUCUUAGAUUGUUUCAAUAGCAUCGCUGAGGAGUAAAUCAGUCAAGACAGCAGCAGCAAGGCUGAAUUCAAGCAAACUAAAGAUAAAUCAAUCAGAAAAUAAUCCUCAAGUCUAAGUCAGUCCCAGCCAAAGCCCAAGAAAAAUCAUGUAUCGAAUGUCUUCAGCGACAUACCCCUAAUGCUGAAUGCCUUAAUGGAUUACAUCGAUGAAAAUGGACUUAAUGAUUAUGGUGGAAGCAGUAGUAAUAAAAAGCAGGCUUAGGGUGCUGGGAAUGAAACAGAUUAAACUAGCAGAACUGUUAAGGAGAAUAUUCUGAAGAGCAUUUAGAUUGUAUUCCAUGAUUAUUAGCAGCCAGAAGAUUAAGACAUUUUGAUAGUCCUCUAUAAAUCAAUUGUUAGAAAUAUUCAGACGAUGAGAGAUGAUAGUACUGUUAAGAUCGUACUUAACUUAGUGAUCAAUGAACUCAGAGCUUAUGAUUACAGAUUUGAAUUCUUUAAAUGCAAGGGUCUACAGUAAAUGGUAAAUCUAAUUGCGUCACAGGGACAGAUAUCUGAUUCAUCCAAGUCACUUAUUAUGAAAUUCAUCAGAAAAUUGCUUCUAAGAAGUGAUAGAGCAUCUGAAAUUGAUUAACUUACUGAGGGCAGUAAAAGCAUCAGAGGCAGCGACAUAAGAUCUAUAUUCCAGACAAUUACUAACGACAUCGCUGAGUAUUUCACCAACCCAGACUAUAUUUUCCAUGACAAAGCCUUUGAUGAUUAACAGCAGUCACCUAAUACCACCUCAAUUGAUCUCAUUACUGAUCAGUCUCAGUAAAAGUUUAGACUGUCGCAAGGAAGCGUGCUUAAGAAGUUUGCAACUGAAGAUGAGGAUUCACAGAUGAUGUAUCAGAGAUUCUCAGAUAGCAACAGAAAUAGUGCUCUUAACGCUUAUCCACCUACUAAGAAUCUUCUUGAAGGUUUAAUGCUACAAUAGGAAUUUUCGGCUAAUAGACCUUCAUCGAUGUCUCAAAGAUCUUCUAGAGUUGAUUAGCUUAAUGAAUAUGAUAGAUUGAGCAUUCAGCUGAGAGAAGACAAGUUUAUAGAGACAUUACUAGAUGCGCUAUAAAGCAGUACAGACUAGGAUCUGCCUUCCUUGAUGGAGAUUUACAGUCUUCUUAUCAUUUACAGUCUCUACAAUGAAAGAGACUUUGAAAGAUAAGGUGGCUAUAGUAAGCUUUAAGCUAGACUAUUGAAAUGCUAAGACAUCAAAGACAAGAAAAAGUCAAUGACUGGCUCCAUUGAUUAGUUUAGAGUCAUAGACGCUAUCUUUGAGCAGUUAUUCCAGAUCAUAUGCCCCUAAAAAUUGCGUAUCAAAACAUAUAACUGUCUAAAACUGCUCUUAAAUCUGGUGGAACAAUGUGACAACAACUUGAUAUAGAUUUAAGCUUUAACAACAUUAAAGAUCAUAUUAGAAAAGGAAUUGGAAAAUUGUGUUAUAUUUUACAAGGCAAGUGGGUACAAAUACCUAGAAAACGCCAUUACUGUGAUUUCGUUGAUUCAUAAGAAUUCUAAACUUCAUAUACUAAAGCAGAUUAUCGGAAUUGCUUAGUAUGUGAUAUAUGUAUUGGGUGACUUAGAUGUGCUGCCUAUGAUAGAAUUCGCUAGUGGGUUUAUUCAAAGUGAGAAAGUUACUCUAACUAACGAAAUUUACGAGGAGCUUAGUAAUUUCAUAAGCACUGUUGUAGAUGAUAAAAGCUUUAGACUGAGAGGCAAAAGAACGAGAGAUGCUGUGUUUUAAAAUGAAAACAUUAAUUGCAUCAACAUCAUGGGCACUGUGUUUAUGAAUGGCUAUAGUCUACUCAAACAAUCUAUUGAUAUCCUGAAAACAAAAGAUAGGUAGUAGAUGACCUUUCAUGACCACUUUUUCUUUGACUAGAGUAUCAAGCUCUUGAUAAAGAUAGCUGAGUAUCAGAUAAAGGUUCAGUCUAAGCAGUCUUUCGAUAGCUAUAAGAUCAUAAUUAGAGACUCUGACUCUAAGACUGUAAUUGAUAAAUUGCUAGAAAGCACAGAUAACCUGGACACUUUUAUAGGCAAGCUUUUGAAUCUGGGUCUGAAUGACAAUCUAAAGUAUCUUAAGAUAUUAAACUUGAUCUCCCAGUUGCUAAUCAUCUAGCAGCCUCUUUAUCAGAACUCUGAUGUUUAGAUCCUUAGAAUCUUGGAUCAAAUUAACGCAAGUUCUCAAAGCCAGUUCUAUUAAGUGUUCCUUACUUUCUUGUUCAGUGAUAAGCGCAACCCCUUUGUUAAGAAAUUGGUUGAAAACAUCGAGCUUAACAAUGGUCUGAUUUAAAAGCUCUAGGAUCAACUUAUUGCCUACCUGCCCAAAGACAACAUGGCUGAAAAGCUGCUUAAAGACCUUCACUUUUUGACUUUGCUGUGCAGGUAUUCUGGGUAAAAUCAAGAGACAUUUGAUAAAAAUCUAGAUAUAUUCGUGUUUCUGAAGAGCUUAAAUCUGAAUCAUUACGAUAUCGAUCAGUAAUUGCUGAUAAUGCAGUUUUUGCUAGAGCUGCAAGGCAGGUGUCCAUUGUAUGAAUAUGCUAUAGAUAAAACGGAACUGUAUAUUGAAGCAAAUAUCAACUAAAUUCUAAGCCACUAGUAUGUUGAGUUUGUAAAUGAGAUGAGAAGUGAACUUAAAUCACUUAGCAACAUUUUCAACAAUAACUUAAAUGAUCUGAGCAAAUCUGAUUCUAAGCAAGAAGGUUUGUAAAACAUCAAGAGAGGAGCUUAGUUAAGAGGAUGCAAUGAAAGUAUCACUAUGUUUUUGGUGACUCUAGUCCAAGCCAAGCCAAAAGUCUAAAUCUCUAUUUUCUAAGACUUAAUCAGUCUAAUGAAUGGCUAACCAACAAACCGAAAGAUAAUCAAUGAAAUGGAGUCUCUUGAGUUCUUCUUGAAGAUAUUCAGUAUUUCUAGAGAGAAUCAAAAGACCUCAGAGCAUCAAGCCUACUCCAAGACUCUAAGUGACUUUAUAUACCAGUUGCUCUUGAACAUCCAACUCUAAGACCCUGGAGUGCUGCUUAACAGUCUUUUGGACAAAUCUGGGUUGAUUAACAGCUAUCACUUGCAGAAUGUGAUUAAUGCUCUGGCUGAGGAAACCCCCAGCUAGUUCAUUUAGAUAUAGACCGAAGAUCAGCAGAAUUUAGAGGAUAAUAUUGAGCUCUUCCCAGAUCAGGUAUUUGAUAAGAUGCUUGUGUUUAAUGGCUGGGUAUAAUUGGGAAACACAAAGCCCAAUCAAAAUCUGAUCUUCCAAGUCCGCGACUCUAAGUACUUCAUCAAGUUUAUCUAUGAGUAUAAUGUGCAUAGUUUAUCUUCUAAUGAUGGAAGCGCCAACAUGAGUAGCUCUGACAACUCAGACUAUCUGAUUAUACUCAUGAAUGAUUUCUAUAAGAGAUUGCCUAUUGAUUCCCGCAAUGAUUAGGCAUUCUUUAAAGUCCACGAGUAUAAUAACUUCCACAUUCAAAUAAGUUAGAAAAUGGGACUUAUAAAUCAGAUAGAUAACAUUCUGAUUAUGAUUAAUGGAGUCAACAUAACAGAUCUGAUAUAAAGUAAGGUUAAAUUUGAUGGAUCCCCUUUAAAAUUACUACUACCCUAACAGCAAUUGAAUAUGACAAAUCUUAGUGCUUUUGACAGGCUUUUGAUAGAAUAAGAAGUAUCAGUGAUUUAUAAUUAAGGAUUAAUAGAUGCAGAUCCUAAGAGUGUAAAACCAACUAUAUUGCUGCCUGAAUCAAAUUAUAAACCCCCUAGAACAUCUAAUAUACCCUAGUAUUAAAAGGUUACAAAAAUCAAGCUGAAUCCUGGAGCAUAGAACAAAGGCUGGAAUUUGAGGCUAGUUAUUCCAUUAAACUAUGAAAACUUAGAUGUACACCUAAUUGAGGAUAAGAUGUCAUAGAUGAUUUAUCAAGAGUACACUACUAUCCCAGGCACUUUGAUAUUCAAAGUUUAGCCACUCAAAUAAUACUUAUGCAACGAGCAAGCACUAAGAGCUGCUUUGAAUCUAAUAGAAGUUGCAACUGAUGAAAAGCAACUUUCACAAGCUUUUGAUUUCUUGUCUACCUUAGUUAUCAGAAAUGAUAGAUCUAUUGUCUAGAUCCUUCAUAAAAUCAAUGGCUUUGAAACUUUGAGAGAUCUUAUCCUUUAGCAAUAAUCUGAAAAACUGAACACAAAAGUUACUUUAUAAAGUCUAAUUGACAUGAGCUGUAAUUCCUAUGAAGUAGAUAUGUUCCUAUAAAAGCAGCCACUAAAUAUGCAGCAGCAUUUGAGACUUAAUGUAAAAUUCGAUGAAUCUCGAAUGGAGUUCCUCAAAGUAGCUCUUAGACUGCUCCCUCAAGUCAAAGACUCAAAUAUGCUUUUGAUAGUAAACUCUAUCUAUCAACUUAUUCUUAAAUCAGAUGACAAUGCAAAGACCUUUAGAAAUCAAAUCGGAGUAUCAACUGUUUUAAGGUUAUUCUAGUUAGUUGGCAGUGAUACUAAAUUCCUUGUCAUUUAUGACACAAUACUCUAAAUCUAUGAGCACAUAGUGGUCUGUAUCAAAGAGGAUGUAUUUGAGGACGGCAUUGAGGACCUUAGACUUAUAUUUGACUUCUUUGGCCAUCAAAAUUUCAAAAACCAGAAGAUUUGUGUACUCGCUAUGGACUCUCUAAGUAUUAUUGCUAUUCAUAUUGUAGCUGAAGACUAGAUAAAUGAUAAAUCUCUCUUAUAAAAGGUGCUCAAGCUUGAUCUUCAAAAUAAGUUAUUUGGAUUGAUGAAAGCUGAUAAUGUUGAAGUCAAGGAAUAUGCAAUAAAGUUUUUGAGUUUGAUACUGCUCCGCUCAGCUGAAUUCAAGAAGUAGUAUAAAGGUUCACUAGGGUUUAAAUAUAUGACUGAGUGUCUAAACCAGAAUGCUAUGACUUCAAGAAACCUAAUAAAAUCAAUAAUUGAAGCAACUGCUGAUUAGUUUGACAAUCCAAACGCUCUGUACCCUUCAACUUCGUCAAUUAUUCAUUAGCUUAUGAAUGACUCUUAGAUUGCUUCUAAGAUCGUAGAUAUGAUUAAUAUGACACUACAUAAACCAAAAAAGUCAUUGAUCAAGCACUUUGAACUGUUCCAGAGUAUAUUCUCCAAUGUUACUUACUUGGAAUCAGAAUAAAGCAGUUCCAUUAUACUAAAAGAAGUGAGAUCUCUCAUUAAGGAAAGCAAUUAAUGUGAUUAAGAUGGGAAUACUAAUGUAGUAAAUUUGUAAAGAGAGCACUUCACUGAAUUCUUGGACUACAUAUUUGAAUUCCUGAACUUGAUGGAAUAUAGACUAGAAUAAGUUAAUUAGUCUCUAAUUUACAGUGGGGAAAAUCAAAACUCAGCAACUGAUGAUAGCAACUCUAAGAACAACCAGAGCAAUGAGAAAUAGAUCUAGCAAAGUGAAUAAUCCCAAACUCUGGCAUACAUCAAAGAUUAGACAGACCCUGACGAUUUUAAAUAGCUUUUGAUUCUUGCCCGCAUCUUGAAAUACUUUGAAAGCAAUCCCAAGAUUCAAAACAAGGAGUAUCAUACUUUGUUCAAUAUCAAAUAAGUAAAUAUAAUCAGUUUUCAUGGAAUGCUAUAGAUCAUUAUUGAACUUGAUCAGAUAAUAGAUGACAAUGUGUAUGUGAACUUGAAACUGAUGCAGUUGAUCAAUUCGUUUGCUUUCAAGAAUACCAUGGAUAUCAGAAAGCACAUGAAGAAUCUGUAGCUAUUUGAGAUUAGAGAUGACUUAAUGAUCGACAUUAUUAGACACUGUGCUCAUUGCAAGAUAAAUGAAGAACCGCCAAAGUACGAAUCACCUAAGAAGCAGUAGUCCAAGUUUAACCUGAUCUCCACCUCUAACACUUCAGCUAACUACACAACUGGCUAGUAAACUGAGCAUCUACUUAAGCUUGUAUCGUCCUUCUCUUUUGAGACAGUUGCUUCCAAGUCUAAAUUCAGAGAGCUCAAGUGCAUUGAAUCCAUUGCUUAUUUCAUGAUAAAUUCACAGCUCUAAACCACUAGAGACCAGUUCAGAGCCAUUGUUAAGGAUCAAAUAAUGCAAUACGAAGAGAACUUAGCUUAUAUAAAACAAGAGUUGUCUGAUCUAUCUACACUAGUACAAUUCAAGGAAUAUGGAGAGGGACAGAUGAAGUCGUUUGUCAGCCUGCUAUCUUAAAGAGUGCAGGAGGAUAGUUACAAUAGAUCUGAAGUAAAGAAGGUAAAAUAAGAGGCACAGUUAACUAGGAAGUUAAAGUUAAUUGAUACAAAGCAUGCCUAGAGAACAAAGUAAGAGGAAAUGCUUAAAUAGCUAAAGGAUAAGUAAUUAGAAUACUUAGACGGGGCAAGACAAAAUCUAAAGUAAAACAAGAUAACAUAAGUGAUAAGUGGUGCUCUUAACUAUGGAAUAGUUAUAGUGUGA